CUUGUGCCACUCGCAGGAUGGCGAUUUCGCGCCGAAUCGCCCGGCGCUUCUCCUCCGCGGCCGUUAGCUGCCCGCCGUUUGGUUCGGUCCAGGCGACGUACACCCUAACGAACGGUCACCCACUGCACUACACGAAGCAUGGGCCCGCCGACGCCGAGACAACGUUCGUCCUCCUCCACGGCGCCCCAGGGUCGCACAAGGACUUUCGGCAUCUGGCGCCGCUUCUUGUUCGCGAGCGCAUCAACGUCAUCGCGCUGGAUCUCCCUGGCAACGGUCUCACGCCUGCUGCCGCCGCGGGGGGCCUCGCAGGCUUGAGCGCCGCGUCGAUUGCUGACGCCGUCGUCGAGGCCAUCGACGGCCUUUCUCUGCAGCGAACGUUUGUGCUGGGGCACUCGUUCGGCAGGCACACGGCGCUGGAAGCAGCUGCGCGCGUCAAGCGCGUCCACGGUCUCGCACUGCUGAACGCUGCCGGUCUCCGCCCGCACCAAACCAUUCGGCCGUUUGGUGUCAUGGCGGCGGGCGCGGGCGUCUUGUCCCGACCCGGCCUUCUGCGCAAUCUCGUCGUCAAGCUCAACCACUGGACGUACCUCCACGUGUACAAGUUUCCGCGCAGCACCAACGUUGACGACCUCACGUUUGGCUUUCAGCGGUUCGGGUCCACGGACUUUGAGCGGGUCGCUGGCUUUGCGAAAGCGACGGCGCAGCGCGGCGUCCCAACGUUUACCGCGAUUGCCCGAGACGACCACCUCGUGGAGCAAGCGAUUGGAGACGAGCUCAAGGACGUACUCUAGUCGGGCGUGCACAAGGAGUACGGGGCGUGCACAAGGAGUACGCGGCGGGCGGCCAUGCCGAUCUCGCGCAAGCGCUGGUGUCAUGGGCCAUCUCCAGCGCGUAAGGUAGUCUACAUAGCGACAAUAGAAUGGGACUCGGAAUCACAAUGCAAUAGACAAUUUUAUCAUCGCAGAA